GGGGGCGGGGACGAGGUGGUGGCCAGGCAGCCAGCAGCCAGUACUCAUCCACCGGUGUCAUGGCUUCCUAGCAGUCGGAGGGGACUGAAUGAGAGCAAAAACAAGCCCGCUUGUCUCCAAGGUCCCGACGCGUUAUCACCCUUUUCCGACUGAACCGAGGAGCGGGGGCUCGCUCCGCCUCGCCUUCCCCCCAGGACAUAGUCUUUCCAAAUAAUUUCUGCUGAAUCGGAGCCUUCUAUCCCCGCCGACGUUUCAAGGCUAGCACCGCGGUGGUGGAAGAUGGCCGACCCGGCGGAGUGCACCAUCAAAGUGAUGUGCCGUUUUAGGCCUCUCAACAGCUCCGAGGUGACCAGAGGAGACCGAUACAUUCCCAAGUUCCAAGGGGAAGACACCGUUAUUAUCGCGAGCAAACCAUACAUGUUUGACCGAGUCUUUCAGUCCAGCACGACACAGGAGCAAGUGUACAAUGCCUGCGCUCAGAAGAUUGUCAAAGAUGUUCUUGAGGGAUACAACGGGACCAUUUUUGCCUACGGCCAGACGUCCUCCGGGAAAACGCACACCAUGGAGGGGAACCUCCACGAUACAGACGCCAUGGGCAUCAUCCCCAGGAUAGUGCAGGACAUCUUCAACUACAUCUACUCCAUGGACGAGAACCUGGAGUUUCAUAUCAAAGUUUCCUAUUUUGAAAUUUACUUAGAUAAGAUCCGGGACCUGUUGGAUGUGUCAAAGACCAAUUUGUCAGUGCAUGAAGACAAAAACCGAGUACCCUAUGUGAAGGGCUGCACCGAACGCUUUGUCUGCAGUCCGGAUGAGGUCAUGGACACCAUCGACGAAGGCAAAUCCAACAGACACGUAGCAGUCACAAACAUGAACGAGCACAGCUCCAGGAGUCACAGCAUCUUCCUGAUCAACGUCAAGCAGGAGAACACCCAGACGGAGCAGAAGCUGAGCGGGAAACUCUACCUGGUGGAUCUGGCCGGUAGCGAAAAGGUCAGCAAAACGGGAGCGGAGGGAGCCGUGCUGGAUGAAGCCAAGAACAUCAAUAAGUCGCUGUCUUCCCUCGGGAACGUCAUCUCCGCUCUGGCUGAAGGGACGGCCUACAUACCCUACCGAGACAGCAAGAUGACGCGUAUCCUUCAAGACUCGCUGGGCGGCAACUGUCGCACCACAAUCGUCAUCUGCUGCUCACCUUCCUCUUACAACGAGUGUGAAAGCAAAUCAACCCUCAUGUUCGGACAAAGAGCAAAGACCAUCAAGAACACGGUGACGGUGAACGUCGAGCUGACAGCGGAACAGUGGAAGCAGAAGUACGAGCGGGAGAAGGAGAAGAACAAGACCUUGAGGAACACUGUCACCUGGCUAGAGAACGAGCUCAAUCGCUGGAGGAACGGAGAGAGCGUGCCAGUGGAGGAGCAGUUCGACAAGGAGAAGGCCAACGCCGAGGUUUUGGCCCUCGACAACAUCCUCAACGACAAGCCGGCGUCCACGCCCAACGUGCCCGGCGUGCGCCUCACCGACGUGGAGAAGGACAAGUGCGAGGCCGAGCUGUCCAAGCUCUAUAAGCAGCUGGACGACAAGGAUGAAGAGAUCAACCAGCAAAGUCAGCUGGCCGAGAAGCUCAAGCAGCAGAUGCUGGACCAGGAGGAGCUGCUGGUAUCAUCACGUCGCGACCAUGAGAACCUCCAAGCCGAGCUCAACCGCCUGCAGGCCGAAAAUGAGGCCUCCAAGGAGGAGGUGAAGGAGGUGCUGCAGGCUUUGGAGGAGCUAGCUGUCAACUACGAUCAGAAGAGCCAGGAGGUGGAGGACAAGACCAAAGAGUUUGAGGUUAUCAGCGAGGAGCUCAACCAGAAAUCGUCCAUCCUGUCAUCUUUGGACUCGGAGCUCCAGAAGGUGAAGGAGAUGUCUAACCACCAGAAGAAGAGAGUGACGGAGAUGAUGUCAUCACUUCUCAAAGAUUUGGCUGAGAUCGGCAUCGCCGUGGGCAGCAAUGACAUUAAGCACGAAGGUGGCAGCGGCUUCAUCGACGAGGAAUUCACGGUGGCCCGUCUGUACAUCAGCAAGAUGAAGUCGGAAGUGAAGACCAUGGUGAAGCGCUGCAAGCAGCUGGAGGGCACCCAGUCGGAGAGCAACAAGAAGAUUGACGAGAACGAGAAAGAGCUGGCCGCUUGUCAGCUGCGCAUCUCUCAGCACGAGGCCAAGAUCAAGUCCCUGACGGAGUACCUGCAGAACGUGGAGCACAAGAAGAGGCAGCUGGAGGAGAACGUAGACUCGCUCAACGAGGAACUGGUCAAACUCAGCGCACAGGAGAAAGUCCACGCAAUGGAAAAGGAGAACGAGAUCCAGACCGCCAACGAAGUCAAGGUGCGUGACUCGGCUCUUGCCAAUCACCUGCCUUCUCUCCAAUUACCGUCCCGAAAAGUAGCAUUUGUUGCAUCGCAGGAAGCAGUGGAGAAGCAGAUCCACUCUCACCGCGAUGCUCACCAGAAACAGAUCAGCAGCCUGAGGGACGAGCUGGACAGCAAGGAAAAGCUCAUCACCGAGCUGCAGGACCUGAACCAGAAGAUUAUGCUGGAGCAGGAGAGGCUACGAGUGGAGCAUGAAAAGCUCAAGUCCACCGAUCAGGACAAGAGCCGCAAACUGCACGACCUCACGGUGAUGCAGGACAGGCGGGAGCAGGCCAGGCAGGACCUAAAGGGUCUGGAGGAGACAGUGGCAAAAGAGUUGCAGACUUUGCACAACCUGAGGAAGCUGUUUGUCCAGGACUUGGCCACACGCGUGAAAAAGAGUGCCGAGAUGGACUCGGACGACACCGGGGGCAGCGCGGCCCAGAAGCAGAAAAUAUCCUUUCUUGAGAACAAUCUUGAGCAGCUCACCAAGGUUCACAAACAGCUGGUACGCGACAACGCAGAUCUUCGCUGUGAGCUUCCGAAGCUGGAGAAGCGCCUUCGUGCUACAGCUGAGCGGGUCAAGGCGCUGGAGUCUGCACUGAAGGAGGCCAAGGAGAACGCCGCCCGUGACCGCAAGCGCUACCAGCAGGAGGUGGAUCGCAUCAAGGAGGCCGUCAGGGCCAAGAACAUGGCCAGGCGGGGACACUCGGCACAGAUCGCUAAACCUAUCCGGCCCGGGCAGCAGCCGGUGGCGUCCCCCACCCACCCCAACAUCAAUCGCAGCGGGGGAGGUUUCUACCAGAACAGCCAGACGGUAUCCAUCAGGGGCGGCGGCUCGGCCCCUACCAAGACGGACAGAAACUGAAGCGGGACAAGAAAGACGAAGGUCAGCCGACCCUCCGCACCCCCCUCGCACCCCCCUCGCACCUCCUGCUGGCAUCGUCAUUCCAUUACAGCUUCCCAGCUGCCCAGGAGUGAGUGUGCGGAUUAUAAAUAUUUAUAAAAUAUAUACAAAUAUUCCUGGCUGUAAAGCUCCGACCCGCUUGCUUACCCGUCACCACAAAAACAAACAGACGACAGAUUGAAUUUACAACGCAAGCUACUAAAAAAAAAAUGUUGAAUAACAAUAUCCAAUACAACCAGUCUCGAACAGCCGCAGCAGCCUUGGCCAGCAAAAACUGCACGUGACUUGAAUGUGUAGCUUUCCUUUUUCUUUUCUCUUUUUUUGUUUGGCACAUGUUUGUCAACGUGGUUGUCGCGUGAGUAGUUGUGCCCUGCAGACUCCCCUCCCCCCCUCCCCCACAAACUGAAUGUAACACUAAAAUAAUAAAAGGCGAAAACAAAAAGGAGAGAUCCUGCGGCCAGCCAGACGUAGCUUUGUAGGUGAAAAGCAACAACGCUGUACAUUUCGUACGUUAGCAGCACACCGGUUUCUCCGCGAUAAUUUCUAAGGAUGACAUCAAUAUAUAGAUACUGUACUUAUACAUGGUGGGCCAAAUGGGAGGUGGACAUUUCAAAAUGCUUUUAUUAGAUGGCAGUACAUUGGCAGCAUCUUUUCAUUGGCAGCAUCUUUUCCUUCCUGAUAACCCUUCCACUGCUUAAACCAACUUUAUUGCCUUUCAUCCUUCCUUUCACUCUUAUCGAUGUUCCCUCCUUCCUCCCUUCUUUCCUGUCAGACUAUCCACCCUUCCUCUCCUCUUCUUUCCCUUGCUCCCUUAUCCCUCUGUCCCAUCUUUUUUCCUCCCUACCUACUCUCGCUCUAACCCUAACCCUUUUCUCCCUGCCUCCUUUCAUAGCAUCAACAUUUCUUUCACCUCCCUCCAGGAAGUGAGUUGAAAUUGAGCGUCCACCUCCUUUUGUCGCGCCGCGUAUAUGAAAUCCAGCUAGCGGCUCGACGCCCAUCUUACUCUUUUUGUUGUGCGUCUUUUCCCUUGUACAAAGAUUAUUCAAAUUUGUCAGCGCGCCACUCACUUGCUGUUCACAUGGCCAUGGAGGAGGAAAAAAAAAAAACGAAGUCAAGAUGUGCAAGCGUGUACUGUAGAUGUAUUUAACUGGACACCUGUGGAGGCCAAUUGUUUUUUGUGGUUAACUUAAAGCCGUAUACUCGUCGCGUCACAAAGGAAAGGAAAAGAAACGGACGCCGAUGAUCCAGUCCAGGCAUUUUAAGGCCUGCUAGGUUAACUCUGUAAAGCUACGUGUGUGUUUUUACCCAGCUCGAUGACUAUUUAUAGCCACUGCGGCCAUUUUGUGCGUCUUAUGUGCUCCUUUGACUGCUUUGGAUGCGUCCCAUCGUCCACUUGCAGGGACGGCUGCUCACGCAUCACUCGGCAAAAUGCAGCAUCCAAACCAAGUCAUUGCGAUGUUUUAUUUAAUUCAAUAAAAAGGUGUAGGAUUUUUUUUUUUAAUCUUAACGUUGUUUUUGGGGGUUAUGUUUCACCCCCCGCCCUUGACGCAGUGAAUCCCCAGUACGUUGUUACAGAGGACUAUUAAGAUCACGCUUAAAGGAAAAUGAGAAAUGAAGUGCGCAGAAAUUUGUGAGAAUAAAGAGCUAUUUAAAAUCCAUUUUGAGAAAAGGUAUUUUUUCAAAAGAAAAAAAGGUUUUUCUCAUUUAAAUGUGAGAUACGUACUCCAAAUUAGUCAUUCUUUGGGGAGUAGUCUUUUGCUCUGAGGGGGAAAAAAGUGUCAUCGCUAGAAAAAAAAUGGGGUUUUCCCCAAAAAUGUCAGUUUUUUUCAAGAAUAACAGUUGGAUUGUUCUGCUGAUAAAUCACAAGGAAGUAAUUAUUUUGAGAUUUUCUUUCAAUAUUUUUCUCUUAAAAACAUCAUUGAAAUUAGGGGAUAAAUUAGAUUUUUUUUUUUCAUAAAUCUUCAUGAUCAAGAUUUCUUUCCUGUUUUUUUUUUUCUUUAAAAUUGAAAAUUCGACUGAAGAAAAUCCUAAAGUAUGAGUAUCAUAAAAAGACAAAUGAAAAAAAACAAAGAAAUUAGGCAUUUCUUAAUGCUGAGACUGAGACUUUGGCAAAAAAUAACUUCUUAAAAUGGGACGAAUGCGGAAAAAUGACUUGGAAAAAAUACCAUUAUAUAUCGAAGUGUCACUGUACCUUGCUCAUAUUCCUUGUCGCCUAUACUUGUGGGUUUUUUUUUGGGUGUGGCCCUAAUACUCCUUCAGUGCGUUGUAAUCACAGCAUGAGGACGCCAACACCGCGUGCAAGUGCAAUAUAUACUGUAAGAUACACUGUACAACACACACAUCCUCAUGUAACAUUUACCAUACAAAAAAAAAACAUGAUCCAUUUAUUUAAAGAUUAAAAUAUUUCAACAUGGACUUUGGAAGCACUCCAUCAGUUUUGGAGUCAAGUCGCACUUUAGGCUAGACUCUCGCGCCUCCUCCCUCUGUAAUGAAGCAAGUAAUUGAGCAUGGACCUCCAAAUGAUUCUGCGGUCUUUCACCUCUCACCAAAAACUGGAUAUGAAAUGGAAACUUAGAUUGAUGUGGCUCCCAAUCAACUUCAAUUGAAAUUAAAGCUAAAACUGGAAAAAAAAUCCACUUUUUUAUUACUGUGUAAUAGUUGGUUCAUUUUUAAGGGUCGUUGUUGUUAUGGGGGGUAAAUCCAUACGUGGACAAAAGGUACUGGAUCAUUCCCGGCUAAUUGGGGCACAAAGUUGAGGUUCUGACAUGGACGCAGACGAGCUCACCGUUUUUUUGUGUGUGUUUUUUUUGUUUGUUUUUGGAUUGACUGCAUGAUGUAAAUGUAUGUGUGAUUAAAUAAUUAUCAGUCAACACAUUCA